GAAGGCUGGACCUCAACUAGUGAGAGCAAUCACGUUUUCAUGUUAAUGAGAUACGCUUAAUAUUUGUCUCUUGUCUUCAAGUACUGCAGUGCUAAAAACAUUUCCACUUUAUAUGCAUAUUUAUCAUUUAAUGAAGAUCAUAUUUCACAUACAAUAACUUUAAAUAACAAUGUGUCCCCGGCACUGACCAGUCAUUAUGAAUCAAGAAUACAAGAAUACUGUACGCUCAGUAUUGAACACCUCCUCAAUGAGACUUUUAAACGUGUUGAUUCUUUGCUCUGUCGGGCAGUAGGUCGUUGUUUUCUCUCACAGGAAAAAAAACUCCUUAACCUUCUCUUCCCACGCAGAAACCACUUUCUCCGCCGCGAGGGCAGAAUAAAGCGCGUCUGCUGCGCGCGACGUUACUAGAAACGCGCACGAGAGAAGAGAAGACACACAAGAAGAGCUGCCACGAAAUGUUUCCCAUGAAACCCUCUUGGACCAUGUAUUAGAGCUGAUUAUGAAUGAGAAGCCUCCAAACAGCACUAGUCUGUUUCUGAGUGAAGACUCUGAGAAGCCACAGCGUGCUGAGGAGGGCCUCCACUGUCUGUGCCGAGUGUUACAGAAGCAGGUGUCAGGAAGCAGACGAAAGAUGGGCGGCAUCACACGAGAGCGCGUCAAGACGUUCCUGCGGAGGAACACCUUUGUGAUCUUCACAGUGGCUGCUGUGGCUUUAGGGGUGGUGCUGGGUUUCGCUCUGAGACCUCAUAACCUGUCCAUCAGGGAGGUGAAGUAUUUCUCUUUCCCUGGAGAGCUGCUGAUGAGGAUGCUUCAAAUGCUCGUUCUCCCUCUCAUCGUCUCCAGCCUCGUCACAGGAAUCUCCUCUUUAGACAGCAAGGCCUCUGGGAAGAUGGGAAUUCGGGCCAUCGUCUACUACAUGGUGACCACUUUUAUAGCAGUGUUCAUCGGGAUUGUAAUGGUGAUUAUUAUCAGGCCGGGUAAAGGCAGCAGGGACAGUCCAGUGGCCUCUAGUGGCAGCAUUGAGCCAGUGCAGGCCGCUGAUGCUUUUCUGGACCUGAUAAGAAAUAUGUUUCCACCAAAUUUAGUUGAGGCCUGCUUUAAACAGUUUAAAACAUUAUACAAGAAAACCGUGUUGACCAAAAAUGUCACCAUCAUGGUCAAUGGGACAGACAACUUCAACUCUACAGAUCUCAUCCAAGUGUCCAACCUCAGCACAAUCCUGCAAAGCAUCCAGGAGACGGUGGAAGAGGUGGUGCCUGUCUCAGGUUCCUCAAAUGGGGUGAACGCCUUGGGGUUGGUGGUCUUCUCCAUGUGCUUUGGAUUAGUGAUUGGAAACAUGAAACAGCAGGGCCAGGCUCUCCGGGACUUCUUUGAGUGUCUGAAUGAAGCCAUAAUGCGCAUGGUGGCCAUCAUUAUCUGGUAUGCUCCGGUGGGAAUCCUCUUCCUGAUUGCAGGGAAGAUCGUUGAGAUGAAGGAUCUUGCUCAGGUGGGCGGACAGUUAGGGAUGUACACAGUUUCUGUCAUUGUCGGGCUGCUCAUCCACGGCCUGUUCGUUCUGCCUCUGCUCUUCUUUGUGGUGACCAAGAAGAACCCUUUCACCUUCAUCGCUGGGCUGCUGCAGGCUCUGAUCACAGCUCUAGGCACCUCAUCCAGCUCUGCCACCCUGCCCAUCACUUUCCGUUGUCUUGAAGAAAACAACCAUGUGGACAAACGAGUGACACGUUUUGUGCUGCCAGUUGGAGCCACAAUCAAUAUGGAUGGCACUGCUCUGUAUGAGGCAGUGGCGGCCAUUUUUAUUGCCCAGGUCAAUGACAUGGACCUGAACUUUGGGCAGAUCCUCACCAUCAGCAUUACGGCGACCGCCGCUAGCAUCGGAGCAGCAGGCAUCCCUCAGGCUGGGCUGGUAACCAUGGUGAUAGUAUUGACAUCGGUGGGACUGCCCACAGAGGACAUUACACUGAUCAUCGCCGUGGACUGGUUCCUGGACCGACUCAGGACCACCACCAAUGUGCUGGGAGACUCAUUCGGCGCUGGGAUUGUUGAGCAUCUGUCACGACUAGAACUCCAGAGCCAGGAUGUGGAAAUCAGUAACUCUGUGAUUGAGGAGAAUGAAAAGCCGUACCAGCUGAUCUGUCAGGAGAACGACUCUCUCAAACAUCGCAACAGUGAAAUCACCAUGUAAUAACCCUCAAAUCAUUAGAGUUCACACCCAUAGACUGUAAAAAAAAGAGAAAAACUACAACACUUCUCCACUUCUGUCCACUAUAGAAAAGUGAAGCCAAAAUAUCCCAGUAUGGCUGCCAUCAUCUUGCACUGAUGACAUCAUUUGGAGCCCAAGUCUGCUCAGUAGUGAUUCAUUUGAAGCCCAAGGGCCCUAUCAUACAUGUUUUUGCUAGUUUCAGUUCAACACAGUUCUCAUUUUCCCUUCCUGUGCCACAUUGUUUA